AACAGAUGAUGUCAUAUCCUGUUAAUCGGAAAUCCCAUAACAAAACCAAAUUUCAAUCUAUUUUUGUUGUUAUAUACUCUUAUAUUGAAAUCUGCAGUUGCGAAAGUAAAUGGGUGCAAUGCCAAGUAUAGAGGAUACAAUAUUCCAGCUUCGGUUUACAGUGAAGCAACUGGAGCGAUUAUCACGAAAAGCGGAAAAGGACCAGAAAGCUCAGACUAACAAGAUCAAGAAGUCUCUGCAGCAGGGAAAUGUUGAAGGUGCUAAGAUCUAUGCUGAGAAUGCCAUUAGGAAAAAGAAUGAGAGCCUCAAUUACCUGCGCAUGGCAGCUAGGGUAGAUGGCGUGUCGUCAAAGGUGCAGUCUGCAGCUACCAUGAAGCAGGUGGCUAAAAAUAUGGAAGGAGUCACGAAAGCACUGGAUAAGGCCAUGAAGUCGAUGGACUUGGAAAAAGUCUCCAAAGUGAUGGAGAAAUUUGAAGGCACCUUUGAAGACUUGGAUGUCAGAACUAGUGUCAUGGAGGACUCGAUGAGCACGGCGACCACGCUGUCGACGCCGAUGGACCAGGUUAGCGCCCUCAUUCAGCAGGUGGCCGAUGAGAAUGGCCUCGAGGUGAUGAACCAGCUGCAGGACGUGACGCCGGGAACCUCGCUGCCAGCAGAGCGCGCUGCCGAGCGCUCGCAGGCUGAGGAUGACCAGCUGAGCAGACGACUGGCUGAACUCAGGGACUGAGAAUGCCAUCUGGUGGUGGUUUCGUUGUACAUACUGAUGGAUCGCUGAGUUGAAAAGCCAUUCGGAAUCACUGGAGCUCUGCUAGGCGCAGAUUCACAUUGUUUAACCAUGCUUAUAAAGUUAACGUAUCAGCUCUGUUUUGGAUGGAAACGGUCUCUGCGCUUUGGCCGGUCUGAGACUAUGCGUGAUUUGAAGUGAUUUCGCUGUGGUUCCAAAAAAAAUUUGCGAGUCAAUAGACUUCUAGACAAUCCAAUCUCCCUUGUGUGAGAAAUAAUUCUGGUGUUUUAUUCGAUCGUCUUAAUGUGUAACGAAAUGGCGAGCUUACAUUUACGCGGUGUUGAACAACUGUUUAGAAAUUAUAAGCAGCAAGAACAUUGUUAUUAUCGAACCAGUUUUAAGAUCAUUAGUUAAAAAGCUUAUGUAAUGUGGAAAUAUAUUGUUGAAGCUUCAUUUUUUCAUUAGAAUCACAAAUGUGCAUUGUGGAAGUGUUCAAUAUAUUCACACCUCUAAACAUACUGUACCAUGGUCAUGCAUAUACGUAUAUCAUGUAUAAUUAAGUCUUAAAAGCAGCUUAACAGCAAAGAAACUCCUAUUACAGCUUGGCGCAUACUUGAUGUUGACAUAAUGGCUUCAGUGUUUUACACUCGCCUAAAUAAUUCAGGACCAUUUAUUCAUUCAUCAUUACUGCAUCUGCUAGUAUAAUAUUAUCUCGGUGAACGGGAUCGCAUGUCACAGUAAAAGUACGGUGUUCAUUUUAAUCAUCUUGAUUGCUCUAUGCACAUCAAUAUCACAACUAAAUCAACACACUGCAGGUGCUUUGCGAAAAUGGAUUAAUAGUACCCUAGUAAUGCUGUCCAUAUGUGUAACAUUAACAUUACCAAUGUACAUCGUUGCAUAUCAAAUUUAUUAUGGAUAGGCUUUAGAUAUAUUUUAGACUACAAUUCAAUAGGUCCAGUAGUUAGGAAAAUUUUUUCUACACCUAUUUCGUUUAUCAAUGUAUAAAUUUCCAAGAAAAACAAUUGGUGAUUUAACAAUUAGUUUCCUCUGUUAUUUAGCGACAUUUAACGUAUGCCCUGUGAUUGGUAUAGAUUUUUUAUUAAUUAUUUAUGAUUUGCCAAAGUCUGUAUAAUGUAAACUGGUUAGUGACUGCUGCCAAAUCCGAAUAUACUAUUUAAGUACAUUAAACUGGAUUAAAUAUGUAGUGCUGUAUGCUCUCAGUCUGUGAUAUUACCAUGUGUUAUAUCCUAUUUCCUUUGUCUCUUAGCGCUACACAAAAGCCUGUUAAGACGAGUAUAUGUGAAACUGCUCAGCUACACUUUAUUUUAUAAAAUAAAUAAUUGUAUAUCAUAA